AACCGGUUCAGUGUUGAGCAAGUUCUGACCAGAGUAAACCACAAACUCGCGGUGGAAGGAUGAUAACUGUUUAAGCGAAACAUUGUGCAUUACUUUUGACCUUAUUUUAAAGUUGAACGUUUAAAAAAAAAAAAACGUUUUUGCUGGGAUGACAGCGUGAACUGGUUCACAGCCAUCUAUAAAAAUUCUGUCUACACUUGAUCACUAGCUUCAAACAACAGAACCAUCAUGUCAUCCACAGAAGAGCCGUCUGGCACGGUCCUGCACCGCCUCAUCCAGGAACAACUACGCUACGGCAACCCCACAGACGCACGUACCCUCCUGGCCAUCCAGCAGCAGGCCCUGCGCGGAGGCAGCGGAGGGUCCCCUGGUGGAGGGCCUGGGAGUGGAGCAGGAGAGGGCCCCGGUGGAGGGCCUGGGAGUGGAGCAGGAGAGGGCCCCGGUGGAAGUCCUCGCUCCUCUCUGGAGAGCCUCACCCAGGAAGACUCCUCGUUCCUCCAACUGUCAGCCCGCCAGGAGCCCCAGGGCCAGGAACACCAGGGAGACUACCAGCACUCGGAGAGUAGCUACCAGCUUUACCAGCUCCACGGCGAGGAGCUGCCCACCUACGAGCAGGCCAAAGCCCACUCUCAGUACCUGGCACAGCAUUGGGCACCCGCCACAGGCGCCCACAAGCAGCUGCGCGAACGGGACUACCAUGCGGCGGAUGAGGAGCUGAUUGAGUUGAAGCGAGGGCAUAUGCGAUCGCUGAGUGAGCAUCUCCUGCAGCUGUCUCUGGAGAGGAAUUGUGCCAUGGCGAAGUCUGAGGCGGUCAGGAGCUCCUCACAUAGCUACCCGGAGCUGGGUUACUGCGCCCCCCCACAAGGCCUCCAGGACAAAUGUAGCCCACACCCAGAGUACUCAUCUGUUCCCAUCAUGUCCCAAGGAUAUAUGCCCAUCCACGCCCAAGAGCCCCAGUGUGUGUACAGGGACAUUCCCCAGCCAAUCCAGACCGAGCAGCACAGGUAUGUGGCCCCAGUUCAGCAGCAAACGGAGACCUGCUACAGCAUGUUCACCAGUCGGCCCCCUGGUGUCGUGGAGGAGCCCAAGCAGGUGGAACUGCUGAUGCUGGAGAACGAGAGGCUGAGGCAGGAGCUGGAGGGCCACCGAGAGAAGGCCUGCCGCAUCCAGAAGUUGGAGCAGGAGAUCCAGAGGAUCUCAGAGGCCUAUGAGGCUCUGAUGCAGGGCAGCAGUAAGAGGGAGAGCCUGGAGCAGACCCUGAGGAGCAGACUGGUGGCCGAGAUCAGGAGGCUGCAGGACUUCAACAUGGACCUUAGAGAAAGCCUGGAAAAUGCCAGAACACAGGCCGCCAAAGAAGUGGAAGCUGCUGACCACAACCAGCACAUCAUGACCAAACUGCUCGAGCAAAGCGAGGAGCAGCAGUUUGAGCGUGAGCGUGCCGACCGCGAACUCCAGAGGCUGCGCAACUUCGCAGAGGAGCAGGGCCUGAGGGCGGAGCAGCUCGAGGAGGCCCUAGAGGCCCAGCGGUGCAGGGGCCGGCAGCUGGAAGAGGAACUGCGGCGGAAGCGGGCCUACGUGGAGAAGGUGGAGCGGCUGCAGAGCGCCCUGGCUCAGCUGCAGGCCACCUGCGAGAAGCGCGAGGGCCUGGAGAUGAGGUUGAGGACACGCCUGGAGCAAGAGCUGAAGAGCCUGAGGGCGCAGCAGAGGCAGUCUCACCCGCCGGGCGUGACGGUGGGCUCGCUGCACGAGCGUCUGAGGGAAAGAGAGGAGCGUAUCCUAGCCCUGGAGGCGGACAUGAUGCGCUGGGAGCAGAAGUACUUGGAGGAGAGCACCAUGAGGCAGUUCGCCAUGGACGUGGCCGCCACUGCCGCCGCUCAAAGAGACACAACCAUCAUCAACCAUUCCCCCUGUCACUCUUCAAACAACAGCUUCAACGAGGACCUGCCUGUAUCCGACUACCGAAACCAGGAGAUGGAAAACCGGAUCCGUGCUCUCUACGCCCAUAUCCUGGAGAAAGAUGCUGUCAUUAAGGUACUCCACCAGCGUUUGCACCAGGACCAGGUCGAGAAGAGUGGGUUUUGUCUGCGCGCCGCCAUGUCCACUUCUUCAAUUAGCACGGCCAAGUGCGCCAGCGUAAGCAAAGGUAAGAGUCUGUCAGACGACCAGACUCCUGUCUCUCCUCUCCGGUGCUCCUCCCCAGCUCACCCCAGCCAGAGCUGUGGAUCAGAGGAUGGAGCUAAGGUCAAGGAGCCAACCACUGGUUCUAAACUCAGCAUUGACAACGCUGCUGCUCAACAACUGAAGUCCUCCUCCUUGAACACAUUGAGAGGCCUGGAUGACUUGGAGGCAGAGGCAGUGGAAAUCUUCAUUUGAGGAAGUCAGACUUUUGAUCUUCGACAAGCGAUUCACUCGAGGGGGUGUGAGCUCUCGGAAAGCUGCGCAGAGUACCGACUACGUCAAUGGUCAGAGUUCUGAAGAAAAAUGUAGAAAAGACAAGAAUGAUGCAGAAUGAGAGCGGAAUGUAUGGGAAAAGGACUUGCGCUUUCACAUUUAGAGGGGAACUGUGCUAUUCCUCUCUCUUUCUCUCUUAGCCAGGCGACUGCAGGCUAGCCAUCUGGGUCUAUGAGACAAAAUGUGAAACAUUCUAGGUACUUGGACAGUAUUGCUGUUUUGUAACGGGCAACAUACUACUGUCCUGUCAGUGUAUUCCAACGUAUUUAUAUUUGCUUGAGUUGAGCAAAACUCCCUCAUCUCCAUAAUUUAAUAAAAAUGCCAACAACUCUUAACGUUCAUAUUUUCAACAGCCAUAUUCCCUAAGCCUCAGUAGCCGGUUCUACAGGUUUAGAAAUAUAACUUGUGAUGGUCUGUUUUUUUUUCUUCUUUAGAUUUCUAAAUAUGAUAUUUUGCUUUUCACCAAGUUCUUUUAUUGUUAUUUUCCGAAUGUUUCUUUGUGUGUAUUUUCUGAUGUGGUGAAUCCGCUGGUCAGAUUCAUCAUAGGGAUUUAAGCUGUAAACUACACCAUUUGGUUUUAGUUUACCGUGAGCCUUUUUCUGAACUAACAGGUUAAUAUAUUUUAUACAGAUGUUUGUAUAAUUAUUUUAGAUAUGUAGUGCUAUGAACAGGAUGCCAAAGAGGUUUGUGUGUUGUAAGUUAUGUGCUGACAAUCAUGGUUAUGUCCAGCUGUCCAACAACAGACAAAGCGUUGACCUCCAGCAAAUACAUUUCUGUGAACUCCUAACAAUAUGAAGGUUGUGAAUUUGAAUUCAAACAACAUUUCAUAAAGCAAUAAAAUAUUCUAAUAUAUAA